AUCGCGCAAGACUUCUUUCAGUUCGUAACUACAAGCGCUUGCGCUUACAUCGUGCGCAUGUUACACGACAACCCAACCAGUUUGCCGGUUUUCGGACCUCGAAUUAUGAGUUACGAAAGUUGUGGUAAUAGAGUACUUAUCAAACGCGAGGAAGAUCCAGAUUGCCUCGAAGAGGACCGUUAUUACGGUUACGCACCAGUGGAAGUUAAAAGGGAUGCGGCGAUGCAAGGCUUUGCACCAUCAUCGCCUACGCAUUUAAUGGAUUUGAGUAACGGUUCCGAGCGACCUCAGCUUCAACAGCCAUGGCCAUCGAACGUUAUAUUUGACGGAGACGAUAGAGAGUAUCAACAACCCCAAUAUCCACCAUACGACCAAAUGUACAUUGCGGAUCAACGUCAACGGCAGUUCUCCAGAAGCUUCUACUUUGACGAUUCGAAUUCACAAGACAGAGUAACUAAUUAUUACGAGCCCACCGACUUGCCGAAGAUUGAAGAAACUAUAUACCGGUCUUCAACGGAGGAGCGCAGUGAUGAGAAUGAGGAACAAAGAAGAACAAGAAAACGGUCAUCAAAAUCGUCACGGAAGAAAACACAAUCUUUCGAAGAAAUGCAGAUACAGCGAGUAAUGGCUAACGUACGGGAACGGCAACGAACGCAAAGUUUAAACGAAGCAUUUGCAAGCUUGCGUCAAAUCAUUCCGUCCUUGCCGAGCGAUAAGUUGUCAAAGAUACAAACACUGCAAUUGGCCACACAAUAUAUCGAGUUCUUGUAUCAGAUUCUGUCUAACAGUGAAUCUUCUUCGAGUAGUGACAUCGGAAGCGAUUCGGGAAGUGAGCACGGAAAAUACCUGGCUCAAGAUAAGUUAAGUUACGCUUUCUCAGUGUGGAGGAUGGAGGGCGAGUGGACCAAUGGACAAUCGUGAUAGUAUUAUAGUUAGGAUGAUCUUUAUCGAUCUAAAGACGCUUAUUUUAUUCCAUAACGCUAAUAUAAUAAAUUGUUUAUUAUUUGUAAAAAUCGAAAUAUUAUGUAGGUACCUAAUUAGGUUUAAUAAUAAGAUUUAAAUAUUCUAUCAUUACGAAAAUGUGAUACUUUAUUAUAUUACCAAAAAAUGAAAUAAUUACGGAAUUCAUUCGAAUGAAUAAUUUGAGAACUACUAUAAGACUAACAUUAGUUAAGUUUAAAUAUACAGCUGUUUACCAAAAAUGACUAUGUAAUU